AUGGCAAUCCACCUCAAAGCCCUGGCCUUCCUAGCCAUAACCUCCACGCUUAGCGUCCUCCCAACCCCAGCCACCGCAUCCAAUGCCGGCACCGACACCAACCGCUUCGACUUUGUGAUCAUCGGCGGCGGAACAGCGGGGCUAGCAGUCGCAAGUCGACUCUCGGAAAUCCCAGAUAUAACAAUUGCCGUGGUCGAGGCGGGCAAGGAUGAAGGGAAUAACCCCAACGUUACGAGCGUUGCUGAGUACGGCGGGACGGCUGGGCAGGGGACGCAUAUUGAUUGGUCGUAUGAGACGGUCGAGCAGAGGUAUGCUGGUGGGAGGAAGAUUGGGUUCCAUGCUGGGAAGGCGUGGGGUGGGACGAGUACGAUUAAUGGAAUGACGUAUAUACGCGCUGAAAAAGCCCAACUCGACGCGUGGGAAACGCUCGGGAAUAAAGGGUGGUCUUGGGCCAGUUUAUGGCCUUACCAUCUGAAGAGUGAGCGGUAUGAGACGCCGACUAAGGCGCAAUUGGCCGCUGGGGUAUCCUAUGUUGAUUCAUACCAUGGACGCCACGGACCUCUCAAUGUGGCAUAUCAGUACGGACUCCAGAAUGGCUCAUUUGCGUCUCUGGCGAAGGAAACCUGGCAGACUUUCGGAAUGCCAUCUAACCCCGAUGUCAAUGGGGGAAACGUACGCGGCUUCUCGACCUGGCCGCAGACUCUUGACCGGGAGGCGAAUGCCCGGGAACAUUCUGCGCAGGCUUAUUACUAUCCCGUUAGGGACCGGUCUAAUCUCGUUAUAUUUAGAGGGCGAGUGGAUAGAAUAUCGUGGGCUGGAACCAACGGGAGCAAAGCAUUAGCAGAGGGGGUCGAAUAUACCACAGAAGACGGUAGGGCUGGGACUCUGUAUGCGGAGAAAGAGGUCAUUGUUUCGGCUGGGGCUGUUCGAACGCCGGCUAUAUUGGAGCUUUCUGGAGUUGGGAAUCCAGAGCUAUUAAAACAACUUGCUAUCCCCGUCAAAGUGUCCCUACCAUCCGUCGGCGAAAACGCCAUAGACCAACCAAACAGCUUCAUCAGCUACUCCAGCACCAAAAACUUCACCGGAAUAGCCCCAUACGUAACCUACAUGACAGCCUCCGACGUCUUCGGGCCGGAGACACAACGCGUCGCAGACGAAAUCUCCUCGCGGAUCAAAUCCUGGGCUGAACAAGUCUCAGCAGGCAGCCCAGGAGGGGGACUCCCCGCCUCUGCAAUCGAACACCAAUACCGCGUGCAGCACGAUCUCAUAUUCAGCCAGGACGUCGCGAUUACCGAAAUCCUAACGACGAGUUUGGGACCGCUUGUUGGGACGGCGUUUUGGAUUUCCCUUCCGUUCUCUAGGGGGAGUGUGCACAUCCAUUCGUCUGAUCCGGGUGUUCAUCCUUCUCUUGACCCUAAUUACCUCAUGGCGAAUUGGGAUAUUGUGUUCCAGAGGAGGAUUGCUCAACUUGUAUCCAGGUAUUGGGAUACGGAGCCUGUGCGUUCUUUGGCUGGACAGCGUAUUCAGCCGGCGGUUGGGGAUCUGCCAGCGAAUGCUACAGACGAGGAGUGGGAUAAGUGGAUUGAGAGCUCAUUGUCUCCCAACCAGCAUUUGGUUGGUACGGCGUCGAUGCUUCCUAAGGAGCUCGGGGGUGUAGUUGAUACUAAUCUUGUUGUCUAUGGUACUGAGAAUGUAAGGGUUGUUGAUGCGUCUGUCUUACCGGGCCAGAUUAGUGGGCAUCUCACCAGUCUCAUAUAUGCGGUUUCGGAGAGGGCGGCGGAUAUCAUUAAGGAGACGCUUUAG